UUCUCAUUCUAUUGUUUGCCUUGCUUUUAUCAUAAUGCAUAACCAUCCGAGCGAACGAAAACGAGAAACUUGCCGCAAAAAACACUAUCUCAAGCUAUCAUAGACUAUAAAAACUAUAUCGCGAUCACGGGAAUGACAUAGUGUUUACCAGAAAUAAAAUAUCGUUGGACAAGAGUAAUAGUACUGAUGUAAAAUUAGAAUAUCGUAAUAAAAGAUCUCGAGGAGGAGAUCGAGGUGAAAAAAAAAGAAAAAAGAAACUUAAAAAAAUUGAAAAGAAAAAGAUCGAUCGAGUUGAAACGAUGUGUCACGAGAAAGAGGAUUGUUGUAUGUGAUGAAGGCUCGUGAACGUGUUAGAAGGGAUGUUGUCGUGCAAAGUCCCGCUUUUGAGGACAGCGGGCUUGCAACUUCCGGUGAACUUGGUGAACAAUCUUUUUCAGGAGAGUGCGAGGGUGUUGCGUGUUUGCCAGCUCGCGAAGGAGUCAAAGGGAUCGACGGUGACCCUAAUCGAGAUCCCAGGUAUACUAUAAAACAACAUUACUAUCCCGAAAGUGGUUGGGGUUGGGUCAUCGUUGUUACCGGUGUAAUGGUGCAGAUUCUUGCUACUGGAAUUCAUGGUGCUGUUGGUGCCUGGUUGAUUCUUGAUGGAACAAAACGAUUUCGGCAACCCUUACUUAAUGUAGGAUGGCUCGGUGCAAUGUCCACUGGCGUAGCCUUGUUGGUGUCACCCGUAACGAUAGCCUUUUGUAGAAGAAAAAGUACCAGAGUUACGGCCGUUUUGGGUGGCCUCGUUACGGCACUAGGAUGCCUCUUCACGUCCUUCGCCUCGCAAUUUCAUCAAUUGUUCUUCAGCUACGGUACCAUGGUGGGCAUAGGUGUGAGUAUGACAAGAGAUUGCAGUACACUAAUGGUAGCACAAUAUUUCAAACGAAGAAGAGAACUAGUUGAAAUCUUCAUCGUUUCUGGAAGUGGUUUGGGUAUAGCAGUAAUGUCAGCCUUUAUAAAAGGCACCAUUAGCAAAAUAGGUUGGCGACUGGGUCUUCAAGCUGUGACAGGUGUUGUCUUCCUUACGUUCAUUUUAGGAACAUUUUAUCGCAGUGCCUCGCUUUAUCAUCCUCAACGUCGAGCAAUAUUACAUUUGAAGAAUCAAAAGAGAAAAAUUAAGGAUAAAAACAAAACCGACGACAGGCCACCGUUCUUUGAUUUUAGCACUCUCAAAAGUAAAACCGUGAGAAUAUUAUUGGUCUCAACAGGAAUAUCAGCUUUCGGGAUUAACACGCCGAUAUUUUAUCUGGCUCAUCAAGCGGAAGAGGAAGGACUCGGUGACACCGUUGUAUUACUCCAAGCUUAUCUCGGAUUGGCUUGGACCCUUGGCUGCGUUGCCUUUGGUCUUUUGGUCGUUCAUCGAAAUGUCGAGUGCAGAAUUGCAAGGCAAUACCUUACACAAGCCGCUGUAUUCGUAUGCGGGCUUUGCAUUCUUGCUCUGACCGCUGUUCAAGGAAAUUAUCACGGAUACGUUAUGUUCACAUGGAUUUACGGCAUCUUUUGUGGUGGCUAUCAUUACAGUCUUAAGAUGUAUACGUAUGAGAGGGUGAGAGCCAGAAAUUUUGCCAAAACUUGGGGAUUCGUUCAAUGUUCUCAGGCUAUACCCAUUGCCAUUGGUGUGCCAAUUUCUGGAUACAUAAAUGUUGGUUGUGGUGGUAAAGCAGGUUAUUACUUUAGUUCGACUUGCGUUUUAGUCGGUAGUUUUACUUUAUUCUUCAUAGAUCUUCAUAGACGAAAUUUGUCAAAACACAAACAUACCAGAGCAAAUGGUAGCAAACAUUUAUGCGUUCUUGGUAAUUGUCCUCAACAACGAAGACCAUCGUUCAGUCAUGAACAAGAAAAUGACGGUACCCACGUGGCAGCUGCUGGUGCUGCAGCUGCUGCUCUUGUCAUAGGAGCUGAACUUGGACCGACACCCGGUGAUAUGAUUGACGCUAUGGGAACAGAAAAACCAGAACUAACGUGUAUUUCUGAAGAAGGUAUAGCCGAUAUGGAUUUGCCGGAUAAUCUUCUUGAAGAUUUAGAUUACAUCGGUGACUGCAUAACCUCGUGCAACAAGGUUGAAAACUACCUCAUGCUUUCUGAAUUUGAGAACAAUCUUAUAGCAGAAAUGCCGAUUAUUAUGGGCCGGCGAGGUCGCAGAUGGUCCUUGGCACGAUCGAAGGCUGGUCAAACAACAACAACUGCAACAGCAGUUUGUAGUGGCCAACAAGGAACGAGUAGUAGUAGUACUAAUGCAGUGGCUGGUAACAACUCACCAAUUCAGGAAGAAGAUACGAACGAUACGAACAAGUGGCACCUUGGAAGUCAGCCUACCAACGCUAAUAGUCGAACGAUUACGGUCAUUGACGAAGCCAGUACGUAAUUUCGACCAUUGAAGGAUUUCUUGCGAAACGAAAAAAGAGAACAAAGAAAAUAAAACAAAAUAAAAUAAAAUAAAAAGGAAGAAGAAGAGAAAAGGAAGAGGAACUGAAAAAAAAGCAUUAUACCUUUAAAGGGAAAAGAUAAUUUAGUUAUAAUGGCACGAAAAAACGUAUCUUUUGUAUAAGACAAUUUCCAUUCGUAAAUAAUAAUAAUAAUAAUAAUAAUAAUAAUAAUAAUAAAAUUUUGUUAAACUAUAACAUUUGAAACGAUCCGACUGUGACACUGCCUAUUUUGAUAACUACACGAUAAUUUGAUAAUGGCUUCUUUUUCUUGGUAUCUUUGUUUCGUUUUUUUUUUUUAGAACAC